AAUGGAAACAGUACAAAUACAGAUUUGUACCAUGGCUUAUAUUUAAUAUGAAAAACAGGUACCCGUGGUCGUGAAUCGGUGUGAUAACAAUAACAACACAGACUGCUUGUGUGUGUGAGCGUGUGUGUCUGUUUUGUAAAUGUGGGUGAGUGUGUGCGAGAGAGAGAGUGUGUGUGGAAUUAAAUUAUUAAGCCAAAAUAGCCUAAUUUAAUAAUACCAAGUCCUAUAUGAUAUAAUUUCCUAAAAUAGCCUAGCCCUUAAACUUAUUGAUAUUGAACUUGAACUUAAUAAUCACUCUCACUCACAUUCACUGCUCACAUGUCAUAUUUUAAUGAUAUUUUUAUAAUGAAUAAUAUUAAUAUACAUAACUAUAAUGAUAAGGCCUAACUUAUAAUAAUAUUUGAUGAGGCUAAAAAAAAAUUAUAAUUGUCAUAAUAAUGUAUUUAUUAGUGCCAAAAAAAUGCUAUAGGUCAGUGGUUCUCAAACUUUUUACAGCCACCACCCCAUUGAAUUGGGCUCAUUAACUUGCCUUGACUGCCCCCUGUCCAACCCAUUUACAAGCAUUCUCAGAAUAAAAUUUGUGGGACCCUCUAUGGAAGGUAAUUACACAAGGAAAUUUAAAAUUGUAACAUAUGUUUGUUGAGCAUUUCAUCAAAAUUCAAAUGAAUUACUACAUAAAUUCAUGUGAUUAAUCAACUUUUUCUCUGAUUCCUGCCCUUCCUAUCUAACCGAACUUCUUUCUGUCUAUUCGCCCCUUCGACAGUUUUGCUCCUCCACAGACACGGGUAUUCUGUCCGUUGCCAAGACACACACUAAGACAUAUGGUAAACGAUCGUUCUCUUUCUGUGCCCCAAAACAAUGGAAUUCUCUGCCACUACAACUCUGCAAUAUACCAACCACCCAGGCCUUCAAAACUGCACUCAAAACACAUCUCUUUAAACUCUACUACCCUGUCUGAUUCCCCACUCUGACUGAUAAAUGAUGCUGCUGGCUGCCGUCAAGCCACGAUUAUGUCUCAUUUGCUAAUAUUUUUAUGUACAGGGCGGUGAGCCCAGCCCUAGGCUGGGGUAUCGCGCUAUAUUAGACCACUAAUAAUAAUACUAAUUCAUUUGAUCAAGAAGUACCAGAGUAAGAUCAUUAUUUAGCAAGAAUUUUACUUGAUUUAUCUUAAGUUUUCUUUGGCCAAGUUACUUACAAAUGUGAUGGAAUAAUGAAAAUAGUAACAGUAAAUUGAGAUUAUUAUUCAAUGCCUGGUUUUAAGUCUCUCGGCAGAAACUUCAUUAACUAUGUUCAUAUUUAUAUGAUAUCUCUUUGAUGUGAGCAAAGCAGGAUAACCGCACUUAAACAACCUUAAAAAUACUCCAAAAUUAAAUUGAUGAAUAGGAUAAUAAAUGUGUUACUGUAAGCAAAACCUUUGGUAUAACCAUUUUUAACUGUUGUUUAAAAUCAUUUUUGCCGAUUAAGCCCUGCUUCAACAACUGCAAUAAUCGUAAAAUGGAGUUUUCACCCAAUCGAAAGAAAAUCUUAAAAUUGCUCUGAUUCAGAGUCUGAAUAUCUCCAAUGGUCGCAAAGUACUACCAGACAGUCAUCUUGGAUCUCAACCUUCCUUUCUAGAUCUGAAGGGCUAGGAAAUUAAUAUAACUUUCCAUGAUCCUAGAUUUCACUUUAAUUGAGUUAUUAUUCUAAAGCCACAGUAAGUAAGGUAGAUUGGGCUUUUACAGGACAGAUCUCAGUCCCCUGAAGCUGCAUAUUCAUUGUUAUUGAAUUUUAAAAUUUAAAAUAUUUCUGAUACCUGUUGCGAGGGGUGUCUUUGGGUUUGAGUCAGCAAAAAGAGAAGAAUUAGUCCCAACGAACAUCAGUAUAGAGCAAAAAAAUACAGCAUCAUUUGCAACACAGAGCACAAGUAAUUGUCAUUUAUUUUGAACUUGUGCUAAAAUUUAAUUCACUGCUGUAAAGAAUGGUGAUUUUGGUGAUGAAUGACACAAAUAAUAAUAAAGACAUAUUGCACUGAUUUUUAAAAAGUUUCUCAAAUUAGCAGCAAAAGACAGUUACUGCUAGUCAUUGUUGGCGCUCAAUUAUGGCUCGCUUAAUUUUUUAAUGUAAGUUUCUUAAAUUGAAAGAAGAGUUCAAAAUUAUGAAAUAGAAGUUUUUCGUUGCAUUGUUCCAAACUUUUAUCUGUUGCAAAAAAAUACAUUAGCGAUAAGAAAAAAUUCAUUCUCUUGAAAUUGAAUUUCAGUUGUAUUACAAUAUCUUUUGAUUUUGCUGUGCUACAAAGCUAAUCUUCAAAUAUCUCAGUCUUGCGUCUAUAAAAUUAAAACCUCACUUAAAGUUGGUAGGAUGCACACUUCACCAAUUGUUUGUUGUGACUUAAGAUUUAUUCAUUAACAAUUCAAUGUUACUUCAUAAAAUCUUUUUUAAAGGUUAAAUCAAUACAAGACAAGAUUAUACUUAUAGGGCUUCUUAUAAGUUUUUGGCUCAGUUGUAAAUUCCAUCUUAAAAAACAAGUCUUUGUAUUGUCAUCUCACAGCGUUUAGCUAACUUUAAAUGUAUUGUUAAUUGCCGCUGGUUGUUCUGUUUGAAGAAUAUAUCAAAGGUCAUUUCUCUCUUCUUUUUGUGGAGAAUUUUAUUUUUAUAUCAACAUCACGUUGUUAUUGUCAAUAAAAAUCAAAUCCUCCUUUUAAAUAUAUAAUUGUAAUAUUUAUGAAAAAAGAAUAAUUUCCAAUAUAAUUUUCCAAUGCCCCCUCUGAGAGUCCCUUUGCCCCCUAAAAUCUCCCAAGCCUUUCAUCUCACCCUGAGCAACCCCACCACACUCUGUGGGGCUGUAUUGCCCACUUUGAGAACCACUGUAAUAAACCUAAGCCUAAAUUUCAUAUCAUAGAAAAAAAUAUUAUUUGCCUAUUUUGGGCCCUAUUAUUGCAUUUUAAAUAUUUUAAUUUAAUAGGCCAGCCUACAUAUUUGACAUGUACAAAUUACUAUUUUGGGCAAUGAUAUAUAAAUAAUUCUUAUAAUCUCAGGCAGUUAGUUAUUAGGAUGCUAGUUAUUAGGCUAAAAAUAUUAGUCAAAUUACAUUUAAAUUUUAAACCUGAAGUAAAUUUCGUUGAUGCAAGUGCAAUACCGGGUAUUUAAAAAAAAAAUUCAAAAUUUAAAUCUUAGAUUACAUUAAGUUAACUAAGACAAUAGGAAAAUAAUUUCCUUUUUUAAAAUUAAACUUAAACUCACACUUGCAUGGAUAAAUAUUCAUUCAUAACAUCUUAAAAUUUAAAGUACAGUAAGGAAUAGUAAAUUUGGUUACAACUCACCAUUGCAUAGAAUAACAGGCCCAAACUUAUUUUAAUUACUCAUCACUCUAUUUUAGAAACAUUAAAUCAGUGACGGAUCAUGAUAUGGAUUCUAUACCAGAGGAGAAGUUGAUAGAUGACCUAUAUAAAUUCUUAUCUAAGCUCCACAAGCAGCUAAGUGAUCUACAGGUAGGCAUACAAAAUGAACACUUUUCAAUAAAUGUUUUAGAAAUUAAAUUUGUUACAUAGAUCAGUGGAAAUAGGCCAGCAGCAUCUCAUCUGUAUUGGGCAAUAGCACUACUAUGGAGCCAAACAAAUGGGUGAUGAUAUAGGCAUCUAAGUGCUAGGAGAGCAGAGUAAUGGACUGUUUGUUUUUUGUUGUUUUUUUUGGAAGUAUUAACCUGCAUUAAAUUUUUUAGUAAAUGUAUCCUCAUAAUUUGUUUUUAAAUUUUGAUUUUUUUUUUUCAAUUUUAUUUGAUUUUUUUUUUUUUUUUUUUGUAGUUGUUAAAGCAAGAAAGAUUGAAAAUUAAAAGUUUAGAAAUAUUUUGUUUUUUGUUGUUUUUUUUGGAAGUAUUAAUCUGUAUUAAAUUUUUUAGUAAAUGUAUUCUCAUAAUUUGUUUUUAAAUUUUGAUUUUUUUUUUUCAAUUUUAUUUGAUUUUUUUUUUUUCUUUUUUGUAGCUGGUGAAGCAAGAAAGAUUGAAAAUUAAAAGUUUAGAAAUAAUGAGAGAUGUUUCUGGAUUUACGGUGGAACGUGUCCAAAGCGUCCUCCCCACAGGAGGACUAGGUGUGAAAGUAACCUCUGGUUUUGUUCCUGUUGGAUCAAUUACUAGUUUAUAUCCAGGUUGGUAUAAAAAGAUAAAAGACAUAAUUUAUCAAAAUUUAUGCUCGACAUGUAUCUAACACUUACUUAUCUGAGGAAAGCAGAGAAAGAUUGUAUUCAAAGGAUAAUACAAGACCACUUUUAAUAUCCAAUAAUGACACUGUUAAAAUGCAGACAUUGGGGUAGAUAGGUACGGCUUUAGCUAAACAUUUACAGUUUCAAAAAUAAUUAAAGUACAUUUAAAAGUAAGCAUUGAGCUAUUUUUUUUAAUUAUAUGUUUAUCAAUUUUUUAAAGUCAUUAUGUAAAAUUUUCUUCUUCAUAGGUCUUAUUUAUGAAUCACAUGAGCCUAUAUUUUUUCAAAGCAUUGGAAAUUCUUUUAUAUUUCGUUGUGCGGAUGGCCUACUCAUUGAUGGCAAUGACAGAGGAUUGUCAAAAUCAUUAUACAAGUAAGAAUUUUUUUUUUUUUAAAUGACCUAAUGCAAUAUUAAAAAAGCAUUUUACAUAUUUCUGAGGAUUGGAUAAUUUUAUUCAACUAAUGAUAUAGAUAUAAGUAUCCACAUUAUACUCAGAGCACUAUAUACCAGUAAUCAAGUGAAUGAAUUAAGGCCUUUCUAAAAUUUUUGCGUUUUUAGGCAUUUAUUGUUUUUAAAUUUGAAUGGAAGAAAAAUACUUUUUUUUUAAAAUCCAAGAAUUAAUUUAAUUUUAUUGGAUGCCUUUCAUCAGCUGCAACUCUACAAUUCGCAUUCUCAUCCUGUCAUUCAAUCUUUUUAUAAUUGUUAUGGUUUAAAUAGUAUGAUGUCCUGCUAAAUUCUCACUCAAGGUAGAGCAAUCAAUUUUAUUCUUGUGUUUGACCAGUUUUCAAACUUGUGGUCCUAAAGAUUCAGUUGUCAGCACAGCAGCCAAUAAGCAGCACAUUUAAACUUUAAGCAUAUAAAAUCAAUACCCUCAUCAAAUUCAAAAAUGUAUUUGGUUAUGUUCCUUGUGUAUUUUGUUUUUCUCUUCCUCGAGGCUUAUGGGGUUGGGGGGUUGGUUUAGUAAUUUUAAAAAAAUGAUAAUAAAUUUCUUGACAUUUAUUGUCAGCACAGGAAAAUUUUUAAAAUAAUAAUCUCAACAUAUUUUUUUUUAAAUUUUAUUUAUGGAAAAGUAUUUUUUAUGCAAAUGAACAAGAAUAAAAUUUAUUAGCAUUAAUUUCAUUAAAUUUCAUCUUCUUUUAUUCGUUCCAUUUUAUUUUUAAGAUCUUGUAGAGGAAGGGAUAGCUGCUGGCCAAUGCCUGCAUGUGACGACUCUUGGUUGAAACCCGAGCUCAUAUGUCCUUUGAACAUUGGUCAAUAUGUGAACAACCACAACAAGCGUGAGUGAUCACAAUCGUAUUCUCGUAGAUUUAAAUUACCAAUAAACUAUGUUAGUUUAAAUAGCUUCAGUAAAGUCGCAUACAAGUUAACAAGUUGGGCUGUAAUAUAUUUACCAGAGAUUUAUAUUAUAAUUAUUGAGCUCUAUAUUUAUCUGUAACAGAGUAUCCUGCCAAUGUUGCUUAUCAAGAACUGGAUAUUCCUGACAGUUUCCCAGCUCAUCUGAGACAGUAUUUACCCAACAAUUUCUACUCCCCUAGUCUGAAUGUUUCAGAGGGCAUGCAAAGGUACAAGUACGAGGUUAACAGUAAAAAGUAAAUAAUUUAAUGCUGUGUUUUAGGCUGAUGGGUGUUUAAAAUUGUUGGUGAAAUUUUUAAAAAUAAUUUACUGCUUCAAAAGUACCUCCAUUCAAUUUACAUGAAAACUAGGUAGUACCGCAUUAUUAUAUUGAUUUAGUGUGAUGCACUGACACUAAUAUUUUUCUUCAUCUGUUCAAAGUUAAAUAAUCAUUUUCUUAAAUGGUUCCAAUCAAGUCAACAAGGAAAAUAGAAAUUUGAUUACAUUAAAGUCCUCUAAAUCUAAAUGAUAUUUCCUAUGUCUUGUUGCACCUUUAAUACCACCUGGUCUCAACUAGUGAUAUCUGUUAUUUACUGACCUACUGUAAAUCUUAUCAUUUAAAUGUCAUCUCUACCACAAAUAUGAUGAAAUAAUGUUGAUUAUUGAUUUGUUUCAGGUUACUUCGAGUGGUAGCUUUAGUCUCUGUGAAGGAGAUAAAAAGUGGGGAAGAACUGUUUUCAUCCUAUUUUACUUUAGUCAGAUAGCAAGCCAGAGAAACGUUUGCUUCCCACUAGCCUUAAGUUAUGUGACCAACUAAUGCCAACUAAAGUACCGGUACCUUGCAGGAAAUGAAACCAUCUUGUGCUAUAAAUUUAAUGUUUGGAUCCCAUGAGGUUCUUGACCACCGGUACCGGGUAUUCAAAAGUACACAAUUCAAUGUAGUGCCACAAGCCUCUGAAAUGCUGGUAUCAAAAUAUCUACAGAACCUAAUGCCAUCAGCCUUUAUUUGAUUUAUGUAUAGAUUAACAAGGGGUCAAAUAGAAUGUUACUUGUAAACUCUAUUUUUUGCUUUUUGCGUUUCUGAAGUUAAUACUGUGGUUAUGCCAGCCUCUUGGCCCAAUUGUAACAUUGCCUGGCUAUCUAAUCGUAACAUUGCCUGGCUAUCUAAUCGUAACAUUGCCUGGCUAUCUAAUCGUAACAUUGCCUGGCUAUCUAAUCGUAACAUUGC